GUUUGAGUUUGGGGUGGUGGUGUUGUUUAAUAUGUAUAGGCAUUUGUAUUAUGUCUUUAUUAUGGCAGUUGGGUUUAUUUUGGGGUUUUUUAUGGUGUGAGGAAUAGGUCUCUCCCCCUUUUGUGUGUUUGUAGGCUAGCCUAUGUGUAUAUAUACCCCUUCUUUUGUGUCAUUUGGUAGGUCAGGUUUGUUUAAUUUACACUUAUGUUGAUAUUGUUUUGUUGACCUCAGUUUAUUUAAAGGGCCCAGAAUUAGAAUUUCUGUUGAUACUUUUUCUUUGAUGUAUUUUAAUCUUUUGCAAUCUUGAGUACUCUAUGGACAGCUACCUUUGGCAAAAUGAAGCCAUAACCCUUUGAACCCGAUGCAGGGUCAAAAGUUCCCCGGAUUCAUUCUCCAUGUCAUGAAGUGUGGUUAUCUCUCCGGUGGAGAAAGUCUUCUUCAGGCCCGCUCCAUGCUGCCAUAUAUGGUAUGUUGCGCAUGUGCUGGUGGGUCUGUCAUGACCCAGGUGUUAUCAGUAUCUGGUAAUCAGUCGGUCAGGCAAACAUUUUGCCGGACAGUCAGUCGGUCAGUCAUGGCACAUGCUGUUUCAAGUCAGUGUACGUUCUUGGAGGACUGCUCAGAUGUAAGUUUGUUUGUUUUUUUACGACCUGAGUAAAUAUUUGACUACAUUUGUGACAGAUAACUGUAGAUAAAAUGUAUUUAGGUCCAGGUUACGUCGAGGAGUUACCUACCCUUGCCAGAGCACUCUAGCUGGCCCAGUUUAGCCAUGCCAUUUAGCCAAGACACAAAUGUGAAACUUUGUGUGUUCAUGUGCACCUGAAAACUUUAUUGUGUUUUCCGCUUUGUUUAUACAGAGCAUAGCUGGUCCCAGCUCUUCAGCUGAGAGUGCACGACUGAGGCUUCCAGAAGCACAAGAAGAGGUGGGUGGUGGUGGUGGUAGUGACCAAGAAGCUCUGCCACAAGGUCAAGCAGAAUCUGUUGAGUCAUCUGACGUUGAAACUCCGAUUUAGGCCGAGACAUUGAGUAAAAUUGGAUCUUACUGGCGUGACAAUCCCUCCGCCCAUGGCAGAAGAAGCCAGGAUAGUAUUCUGCAGAGCCAUCCAGAACCUGCAUCCACAGCUGUUACACCGAAAGAUGCCUGAAAGAUGUUGAUGACUGAUGACAUCAUUGACAAGGUUGUAAAAUUUACAAACUUAGCGGGACAGAGAGCAGCCACAGCUAAGAAGGGGGAAUGGAGAAGCCUAGAUGCGGUAGAACUCACGGCCUACAUCGGUUUGACCCUCCUUGCAGGUGGGGAGAAGAGCUGGGAUGUGUCUUUGCGUGAGCUGUUUCUGGAUCCACUGCAAAGUCCUGUUUACAAGGCUACCAUGUCGCUCGGCAGAUUUGAGGAGAUCCGCCGUGCCAUAUGGUUUGACGACAAGAGGAGCAGGGGUUUGCGACUGCAAACAGAUCACCUGGCACCAUUUCGGGACGUGUGGGACUCUUUCCUGGAGAACUGCAGAGGCCAGUUCAUCGCCAGCGACUGUGUUACCAUAGAUGAACAGCUUGUGCCAUUCCGAGGCCGAUGAAAAUUUCUCCAGUACAUGCCCAGCAAACCUGCGAAGUAUGGGCUAAAAAUCUUCUGGAUGUGUGAUGGAAGGGUACCUUAUGCAAUAGAUGGAAUUGUCUAUACCGGGAGACAGCCAGGAGAGGAGGCUCACAGGAACCUUGGAGCGGAUGUUGUACACCAGUUGUGCAGUACCAUCACUGGGACAGGUCGCAACAUCACAGUUGACAACUUCUUCACCAGCGUGCCUCUUGUUGCUAGUCUCCUCGAGGAAAACCUUACCAUCGUUGGAACACUUCGUCAGAACAAGCCAGACAUCCCACCUAUCAUGAAGCCAUCCAGAUCAAGGGAGGCUUGUAGCUCAGAAUUCGGAUUUAAUGGCGGCAUGACCAUGGUAAGCUAUGUGCCAAAGAAAGGAAAGGCUGUUAUCCUCUUGAGCACUAUGCAUCAUGACAAAGCAGUGGCUGACACACCCAAGAAGAAACCAGAAAUCAUCAUCUACUACAACAGGACAAAAGGAGGGGUGGACUUAUUGGAUCAGAUGGUGAGCAACUACACAUGUAAGCGGAGAACACGCAGGUUGCCUUUGGUGCUCUGGUACAAUAUGUUGGAUGUGGCGACUAUGAAUGCAUACACAAACUACACUCUAGAACAUCCGGAUUACCAUGCUGGUCUGAGCCACACACGCAGGCUAUUCAUCAAAGAAUUGUGCAAAGAGCUUGUCAUGCCAAACAUGACGAGGCGCCUGGCAGAAACGUUGAAUCUCCCAAGAACUAUUAUUCAAGCAAUGGAAAGAUGUGGGUUACAAAAAGAAUACGCAGCCACCACUGAACCACAGGAUGACAUCAGCCAAGCACGCCAAACUAAGAGGAAGAGAAAGAGGUGCGCUAUCUGCCCAUAUUCCAAAGACAGAAAAACUACAAUCUACUGUUCCAAGUGCAGCCGGCCUGUGUGCAAGGAGCACAGAAAUGUAGAGGUCACCUGUGAUUUGUGCAAAGAUUAAGAUGACAAUUUACACUCAAGUGAUGUGACAAAAUUGCUAAU